GGGAAAAUGCUGAGCCCUCCUGGGCCGGGUGGGAGGUGGCGGCUACGGCGGCGACGGGGACCAGCUUCCCGGGCGCGGCGGCGGCGGCCAUGGCCCGGCUGGCCGACUACUUCAUCGUGGUAGGCUACGAUCAUGAGAAACCAGGAUCAGGAGAAGGUCUGGGGAAAAUAAUCCAGAGAUUUCCACAGAAGGACUGGGAUGAUACACCUUUUCCACAGGGCAUUGAAUUGUUUUGUCAGCCUGGCGGGUGGCAGCUAUCCAGAGAGAGGAAACAGCCAACAUUCUUUGUGGUGGUCCUAACGGAUAUUGACUCAGAUCGUCAUUACUGCUCAUGCCUAACCUUCUAUGAGGCAGAGAUCAAUCUCCAGGGAACAAAAAAAGAAGAUAUUGAAGGUGAAGAGGAAGUGUCUGGUUUAAUUCAGCCUGCAGAAGUGUUUGCUCCCAAAAGCCUUGUUUUGGUAUCCAGAUUAGAUUAUCCAGAAAUUUUUAGGGCUUGCCUGGGUUUGAUCUAUACUGUGUAUGUGGACAGUCUGAAUGUCUCCUUAGAAAGUCUCAUUGCAAACCUUUGUGCGUGCCUUGUUCCUGCGACUGGAGGGUCUCAGAAGCUAUUUUCCUUGGGUGCAGGAGAUAGACAACUGAUCCAGACUCCUUUACAUGAUAGUCUUCCUGUCACAGGCACUAGUGUGGCUCUCCUGUUCCAGCAGUUGGGAAUUCAAAAUGUGCUCAGCCUUUUUUGUGCUGUCCUCACAGAAAAUAAAAUUCUCUUCCAUUCUGCAAGUUUCCAGAGACUUAGUGAUGCUUGUAGAGCUCUGGAAUCAUUAAUGUUUCCUCUUAAAUACAGUUAUCCUUACAUUCCCAUUCUGCCAGCUCAGCUACUGGAAGUUCUGAGUUCCCCAACACCAUUCAUUAUUGGAGUACAUUCUAUCUUUAAAACGGAUGUCCAUGAACUUUUAGAUGUAAUCAUAGCCGACUUGGAUGGAGGCACUAUUAAAAUUCCUGAAUGUAUUCACCUGUCUUCUCUUCCGGAACCACUCCUACAUCAGACUCAAGCAGCUCUUUCUUUGAUUUUACACCCAGAUCUGGAAGUAGCAGAUCAUGCUUUUCCCCCUCCACGAACAGCCUUAUCCCACUCAAAAAUGCUGGAUAAAGAAGUACGAGCAGUUUUCCUUAGAUUAUUUGCACAACUUUUUCAAGGAUAUAGAUCAUGUCUACAACUAAUAAGAAUUCAUGCAGAACCAGUCAUACAUUUUCAUAAGACAGCUUUCUUGGGCCAGCGAGGUUUGGUUGAGAAUGAUUUCCUCACUAAAGUACUCAACGGAAUGGCAUUUGCAGGUUUUGUUUCAGAAAGAGGUCUUCCCUAUAGAUCCUGUGAUCUGUUUGAUGAGUUGGUAGCCUUUGAAGUAGAACGAAUUAAAGUAGAAGAGAAUAACCCAUUGAAGAUGAUAAAGCAUGUUAGAGAACUUGCUGAGCAGCUGUUCAAAAAUGAGAAUCCAAACCCUCACAUGGCAUUCCAGAAGGUGCCACGCCCAACAGAAGGAUCCCACUUGCGAGUUCAUAUUCUUCCUUUCCCAAAGAUUAAUGAAGCCCGGGUUCAGGAAUUAAUACAGGAAAAUCUUGCUAAGAACCAGAAUGCACCACCUGCUACACGAGUGGAAAAGAAAUGUGUUGUGCCAGCAGGUCCACCUGUUGUUUCAAUAAUGGAUAAGGUGAUGACAGUUUUCAACAGUGCACAGAGACUGGAAGUUGUUAGAACUUGUAUCUCUUUCAUAUUUGAAAAUAAAACUUUGGAGACUGAAAAGACCCUUCCUGCUGCACUAAGAGCCCUGAAAGGAAAGGCAGCCAGACAGUGUCUUACUGAUGAGUUGGGUUUACAUGUCCAGCAAAACCGAGCAAUCUUAGACCAUCAACAGUUUGACUACAUAAUAAGGAUGAUGAAUUGCACUCUACAGGAUUGUUCAAGUUUGGAAGAAUAUAACAUUGCUGCUGCAUUGCUCCCUUUGACCAGUGCUUUCUAUAGGAAACUUGCCCCUGGAGUCAGCCAGUUUGCUUAUACCUGUGUACAGGACCACCCCAUUUGGACAAAUCAGCAAUUCUGGGAGACAACCUUCUACAAUGCUGCUCAGGAACAGGUUCGCUCCCUAUAUCUUUCAGCCAAGGAAGACAAUCAUGCCUCACAUCUAAAACAAAAGGAUAAGCUUCCCGAGGACCAGUUUCAGGAAAAGACAGCAAUGGACUUAGCAGCCGAGCAACUCCGUCUUUGGCCUACUCUGAGCAAAUCAACCCAGAAGGAGCUGGUGCAGCGUGAGGAAAGCACUGUCUUCAGUCAAGCCAUUCAUUUCGCAAACCUCAUGGUCAACCUACUAGUUCCACUAGACACAAGUAAAAACAAGCUCCUAAGAACAUCGGCCCCAGGCGACUGGGAAAGUGGAAGCAACAGCAUUGUUACAAACAGUAUUGCAGGAAGUGUAGCUGAGAGCUAUGAUACAGAGAGUGGGUUUGAAGAUUCAGAGAAUAAUGACAUUGCCAAUUCUGUUGUGCGUUUUAUUACCCGAUUUAUUGACAAGAUUUGUACAGAGAGUGGAGUUACUCAGGAUCACAUCAAGAGCCUUCAUUGCAUGAUACCAGGAAUUGUUGCUAUGCAUAUCGAGACCCUAGAAGCGGUGCAUCGAGAGAGUAGAAGGCUUCCACCAAUACAGAAGCCCAAGAUUCUUAGACCUACUCUACUGCCAGGAGAAGAAAUUGUUUGUGAAGGUCUUCGCGUCCUGCUGGAUCCUGAUGGAAGAGAGGAGGCCACUGGAGGCCUUCUUGGAGGCCCUCAGCUCCUGCCAGCAGAAGGAGCCUUGUUCCUCACCACAUACAGAAUUCUCUUCAGAGGAACUCCCCAUGAUCAACUAGUUGGUGAGCAGACAGUUGUGCGGAGCUUUCCCAUUGCCUCCAUCACCAAGGAGAAGAAGAUCACAAUGCAGAACCAGCUACAGCAGAAUAUGCAAGAAGGACUGCAGAUCACAUCAGCAUCUUUUCAGUUGAUUAAAGUAGCAUUUGAUGAAGAAGUGAGUCCAGAAGUAGUAGAGAUCUUUAAGAAACAGCUGAUGAAAUUCCGCUAUCCUCAGUCUAUUUUUAGCACCUUUGCUUUUGCUGCUGGACAAACUACCCCGCAAAUAAUUUUACCCAAACAGAAAGAAAAAAACACCUCCUUUCGCACCUUCUCAAAAACAAUUGUAAAAGGUGCCAAACGGGCAGGGAAAAUGACAAUUGGGCGGCAGUAUUUAUUGAAGAAGAGGACAGGGACAAUUGUAGAAGAGAGAGUGAAUCGUCCUGGAUGGAAUGAGGAAGAUGACAUAUCAGUUUCAGAUGACAGUGAACUCCCCACAAGUACCACUCUGAAGGCCUCUGAGAAGUCUACAAUGGAACAGUUAGUGGAAAAAGCUUGUUUCAGAGACUAUCAACGUUUAGGUUUGGGAACCAUAAGUGGCAGCUCUUCCCGUUCAAAACCAGAGUAUUUUCGAAUCACUGCCUCCAACAGGAUGUAUUCACUUUGCCGGAGUUAUCCUGGCCUCCUCGUUGUACCUCAAGCUGUACAGGAUAGUACUUUACCAAGAGUAGCCCGCUGCUAUCGACACAAUCGACUACCUGUUGUAUGUUGGAAGAAUUCAAGAAGCAGUACCCUGCUCCUCCGAUCUGGAGGAUUCCAUGGGAAGGGAGUAGUUGGUCUUUUCAAAUCUCAAAACUCCCCUCAAGCAGCCCCUGCCUCCUCUUUAGACUCUUUCAGUAACAUAGAGCAAGAGAAAUACUUGCAAGCCUUGCUGAGUGCAGUCGCUGUCCAUCAGAAGCUCAAUGGCAACAACAGUCGCACUGUCAGGCCAGCACUUGCUUUGUCUCCAGGUGUAUGGGCAAGUCUGCGUUCUAGCACUCGCUUGAUCAGCUCUCCAACAUCCUUCAUUGAUGUUGGUGCCCGGCUGGCAGGCAAGGAUCACCCGACCUCCUUUAGUAACAGCACCUACCUACAAAACCAGCUCUUGAAACGCCAAGCAGCCCUCUACAUAUUUGGUGAAAAGUCACAACUAAGGAGCUUCAAGUUAGAAUUUGCCUUAAAUUGUGAGUUUGUUCCUGUUGAAUUUCAUGACAUCCGACAAGUGAAAGCCAGCUUUAAAAAACUAAUGAGGGCUUGUAUCCCAAGCACCAUCCCUACUGACUCAGAAGUGACCUUCCUGAAAGCCCUGGGAGACUCUGAGUGGUUCCCACAGCUUCACAAGAUAAUGCAGCUGGCUGUGGUUGUAUCAGAAGUACUUGAAAAUGGUUCUUCAGUUUUAGUCUGUUUGGAAGAAGGCUGGGAUAUCACUGCACAAGUGACAUCCCUGGUUCAGUUACUCAGUGAUCCCUUUUAUAGAACACUUGAAGGCUUUCGGAUGUUGGUCGAAAAAGAGUGGCUCUCUUUUGGACAUAAAUUCAGUCAGCGGAGCAGCUUGACCCUCAACAGUCAGGGUAGUGGUUUUGCUCCAGUCUUCUUACAGUUCUUAGACUGUGUACACCAGGUUCACCACCAAUAUCCAACUGAGUUUGAAUUCAAUCUAUAUUACUUGAAGUUCUUGGCUUUCCAUUAUGUGUCUAAUCGCUUUAAAACAUUUCUUCUGGAUUCAGAUUAUGAAAGAUUAGAGCAUGGGACUUUAUUUGAUGAUAAAGGAGACAAGCAUGCCAAGAAAGGGAUUUGUAUUUGGGAAUGUAUUGAUAGAAUGCAUAAGAGGAGUCCCAUUUUCUUUAAUUAUUUAUAUUCACCAGUGGAAAUAGAGGCCCUGAAGCCCAAUGUAAAUGUCUCCAGCCUCAAAAAGUGGGAUUACUAUACAGAGGAGACCCUGUCCACAGGACCUUCCUAUGACUGGAUGAUGCUGACCCCUAAGCACUUCCCCUCCGAGGACUCUGAACUGUCCAGAGGAGCUGGGCCCCAGAGUAGGAGGAGAACAGUGUGGCCAUGCUAUGAUGACAUCAGCUAUACGCAGCCCGACGCUCUCACCAGCCUUUUCAGUGAAAUUGAAAGAUUGGAACAUAAAUUGAGCCAAACCCCUGAAAAGUGGCAGCAGCUGUGGGAAAGGGUGAAAGCAGACCUGAAAGAAGAGCCAAAAACAGACCAUAGGCACACUUCAGGCUCCCCAGGAAUCAUGCCUACUAACCUUCCUUCCUAUCAGAAGAGGUCUCUGCUGCACCUCCCAGACAGCAGUGCAGGGGAGGAGCAAAGCACCAGCAUCCCCCCAUCCAAUGGGGUGGACCGAAGAGCAGCCACGCUGUACAGCCAGUAUACAUCCAAGAAUGAUGAAAACAGGUCCUUUGAGGGAACGCUUUACAAAAGAGGAGCCUUGCUGAAAGGUUGGAAGCCCCGCUGGUUUGUUCUGGAUGUAACAAAACAUCAGCUGCGAUACUAUGACUCAGGUGAGGACACAAGCUGUAAAGGCCACAUUGAUCUGGCUGAAGUUGAAAUGGUCAUUCCUGCUGGCCCCAGCAUGGGAGCCCCAAAGCACACAAGUGACAAGGCUUUCUUUGAUCUCAAGACCAGCAAACGUGUGUAUAACUUCUGUGCCCAGGAUGGACAAAGUGCCCAGCAAUGGAUGGACAGGAUCCAGAGCUGUAUCUCUGAUGCAUGAUGCCCAUGGUCAAUCCAAGCAGAGAAAGAGGGAGGACUCAUGCUGAGAUAGAAGAGAAAAGCGUGAAUCCUCGAGGAACUGACACCUUGCUUUCAGUUCUGAUGAAUCAUCCCAGGGCCUGAGGUUCUCCUACCCAGCCUUACCUGGUUCCCCUCCUUGAGCUGUUGCUGUUUCUACUUAACCAUGUGGGUGUGCCAUGCAGGUUUGGUCAGGCACUCCCUGUAUCUUGCACUAAAUUGCUCUCAUGGGGUCUUGGUGAUUAGGGAUCAGAAGAAUGUCUCCUGGGCCACCACCUGUCAUUCCUCCUCUAGGCAAAAUGGCCACCACCCGCUGGGGUCC